CUGCUGCUGAUCAAAGGCGUUUGCAGCAGACCGCCCAGGAUAGUCGUAGAGUCACUGAGCUCUAUUUCGCCGUCUGUUUGCGGAUCAUAACGGCUUCAUUUCCAGGCGUUUACAGCAAGAGAAUUCCCCGCAGCGAUCGGCUUUCAUCGGCGUUCUUUUUCUCCGUCUUUCUCUGGUGAUAAACCAGGCGAGCGCGGAAGAGAACGCGCAGUAAUGGCAAGAUACAGCGUGUUUUCAUUAGAUUACAUUUCCGAAGAAUGACCCAUCCAUCUGUCGAUCACAUUUUACCAGCACAAACAUCCUCCUUCAUGCAUUGGACGUAGACUUUCGGAGCAUAGAAGAGUUGAGAGUGUGCGCGGCGCAUAAACCGAGGAAAAACAACAGUUUUAACAAACACUUGGACCGAAUUUCGGCGUUUCAUCGGUUCGCGGACACUCUUGAUUUGAUCUUUGGAUGUAUUUUUGCAGCUCUUGACUCGUGGAGUGAUGUGCACUGUGCCAAACGCGAGUAGAUGUUGUGAAGUAACCUAUGAGGUUGCAAUUUUGGGGGUUGUCAUAUUUAUUUCAUUUGCUAAAGUUGAGCGUUGCGCUGUUUGGCUGUAAGUCUUCAUCAUCAGCAUCAUUAGAAAGCAGUUGUGUGGAAGCACAGUGAUGCUUGCCCUUUAAUAUAAGGCAUUUCAUGUGAUGCUUUCACUUUUUUUUAAAGGACGUUUUGUCAGCUAGUGGAGCAUGGUCUUCAGAAAGCUGUGUUUGUAGGAAAUUCGCUUCCAUUUUUUAUAAAUGCAUUGGGUUUGCAUGACAUUUUAGGCCACUUAAAUGCUGCUUAACUUUUGUUUUUAAAGCAGGUCUCAUAGGCGAUCAUCUUUAGUGUGUUUGCAGGCACUUUGCUCGCCUUUUAAUAUAAGGCAUUUAAUAUGUGAUGCAUGUUGGCUGUGCAUGCCUCUAUAGACUACUUAAAAGCUGCUUUACUUUAGGUUUUGCAUUUACGCCUAAUUACUAAGUUGAGCAUCAUUGUCAUUUUUAAAAAGCAGUGUGUUAAUGUGAUGAAUUUUGGCUGUAGAUAUAUGCUACUUUAAUUUCAUCUCUUUGAUGAGCAUCAUCAUCAUUAGAAAGCAGUGUGGCUGUGCGGAACGUUUUGUUGCUUUAAGACGUUAAAGUCUCUAGUUGGUCUCUCAGAUGAGAUGUUGCAUGACUGCUCUGAAACUUAAGGAAGCAGGUUUUAAAGCAGUGAGCGCACAGUGAUGCGCAAUGACGCUCUUGCUGUGCGCAAAUGUGCUGACGCCACCUGUGGUCUCUUAAAUCGAUUGAUUCCGAAAGAUUUAGACACUUUGACCAGGAGAGAGUUCGGUUUGCACAACAGCCGUGUCUCUUGUGCUUUCUAACCACCAGACAAGAGAAGUUUUGAUCGCACAGUAUAGUGUGUAUCCACAGUAUAAUCGUGCGUGACGCGAGUUGAGAAUUUAAAUGGUGUUCCGAAAGUUACCCGGUGUCUCAGCAUCGGGCAUGGGGCUUCGUCUGUCUCAGAAAUUCGUCUUUCUGCUGUUCCUGUCGGGGUUGGUAACUCUGUGCUUCGGGGCUCUUUUCUUUUUACCCGACUCCGUGCGUCUGAAGCGCAUCUUCCUCUCCAAGAGCGAGAAUCCAGCGGUGACCGUAGGCUCCGACAAUGAACUUUCCAAAAAGGUGCCCGUGGAUCAAGAGCAUCAGCGGGCGGGUGUAAAGGGGGGUGAGGCGAAUGUCAAACUGAAAGUGAGCCGCAAGCCCUCGGUCACCCAUGGAGCGAGAACUGUGGAGAGAUCUGUUGGGAGUAGAGCGCAGGACGAGUGGAGUCCGGCGAGGGCGCACGAACCGGCGGCCAGGGACGAGCGGGUCACCUCGGCCGCUCACAACGGCCAGCGCGGCAGCGCUUUCAGCUAUGAGAUGUUUAAAAAGUGCCUGCUGAAACCAGCUUUGGGGAAGGACCAGGGAAAGCCAUCUGAUUCCGAGACGCUUCAGCGGAGGGAGAAAGUCAAAGAGAUGAUGAAGUUUGCCUGGGACAACUAUAAACAGUAUGCUUGGGGCAAGAAUGAACUUCGACCCCUCACCAGGAAUGGACACAUUGGGAAUAUGUUUGGUGGUCUUAGAGGGGCUUCUAUCGUGGAUUCCCUGGACACGCUGUACAUCAUGGGUCUGAUGGAGGAGUAUGAAGAAGCAAAGGAAUGGGUCCAAAACAACCUGGACCUGAACUCGCACAUCCCAACUGAGCUCUGGCCAGUUGCAAAGCCCACUGAUAACAUUACGGAUCCCGGCAGAAUGGCCCAUACUGCAACCAACAAAACAGCGAUCCGGCGACCUCCAGCGAGAGACGCUAACGGAGAGGCAUCCCUGUUUGAGGUGAACAUCCGUUACGUUGGCGGUCUUCUCUCUGCGUUCUACCUGACGGGCGCUGAGAUAUUUAAGCAGAAGGUGUUGGAGCUGGGCGAGAAGUUGUUACCUGCCUUCAACACGCCCACCGGCAUUCCCAGAGGAGUCAUUAACCUGGGCAGCAGUGGCACCAGCUGGAGUUGGGGCUGGGCAUCAGCCGGGAGCAGCAUCCUGGCGGAGUUCGGGACACUGCACCUGGAGUUCGUUCACCUGUCCGAACUGUCUGGAAACCCAGUGUUCACUGAGAAGGUGAUGAACAUCCGAAAGCUGUUGAACAAAAUAGAGAAACCUCAUGGUCUGUAUCCCAACUUCCUGAGUCCCGUCAGUGGAAACUGGGUGCAGCAUCAUGUCUCGAUUGGAGGUCUUGGGGACAGUUUUUAUGAGUACCUGAUCAAAUCCUACCUGAUGUCAGAUAAGACUGAUGAGGAGGCCAAGAAGAUGUACUACAGCGCUAUGGAGGCCAUUGAGACAAACCUGGUGCAGAAGUCCCCGGGUGGUUUAACGUACGUGGCCGAGUGGCGAGGCGGCAUCCUGGACCACAAGAUGGGGCAUCUGGCCUGUUUCUCCGGCGGGAUGAUUGGCAUCGGUGCUGAUGACGGGCCGGCGGGGCAGAAGCAGCACUACCUGGAUCUGGCAGCUGAAAUCACUCAUACCUGCCACGAGUCCUACAGCCGCUCAGCCACCAAACUUGGUCCAGAGGCUUUCCGUUUUGAUGGAGGAGCGGAGGCCACAGCCACCCGACUGAGUGAUCGCUACUACAUCCUGAGGCCAGAGGUCAUCGAGAGCUACAUGUACAUGUGGCGUUUGACCCACGACCCCAAGUACAGGGAGUGGGGCUGGGAGGCGGUGGAGGCGUUAGAGAAGCAUUGUCGCGUAGACGCGGGUUUCUCAGGAAUCAGAGAUGUGUACGCCUCCACUGUCAGUCACGACAACAUGCAACAAAGCUUCUUCCUGUCCGAGACGCUCAAAUACCUGUACCUACUGUUCUCGGAUGACGACCUGCUGCCGCUCGAGGACUGGGUGUUUAACACGGAGGCUCACCCGCUGCCCGUCAUACGCAAAAGAUGCCUGCAGGAGCACGGCACCAGGCAAGACGACGGACAGACGUCUCUGGAGUAGAAUCCACCUGAAACAUGGAUUCAAACGCAGGGCCGCAACCUCACGGUCCUGACAUGGAUUCUCAGUUCCUUUCCUGUAAAGGAUCUCUUUAUAUAUAAAUAUAUAUAUAUAUACACACGCUGUGAUUGUAUAUCUCUGAGCCGAGACUUCCUGCUCUCCUCGGCGGGCAGAAGCCGGCGCAAUUUUCCGUGGACAAUCAGUGAAACGUGACUUUCAUGAGAAGAGCACCUUUUUUCUUUGCUUCUUUCCUCUGUGAGGAAAAAACGAAUAACUUGCAGCCCCGAAUCUGUGGGAGAAGCGCCGUAUGAUGGUGGGCCAUGCUGAGCGAAAGAGAAAACCACUUUUCUUCACGUCUUACCUGUAAUUUAUCUUUUCUUUCAUCCUUUCAUUGUGUAUUCUUUUCCCACCUCUUCUGCCAAAGCGUUUGCAGUCUUUUUUAUUUCAUUUUCUCUCCCAAGCAGUGAUAAUUUGUUCUAUCUAGUUUUGAGUCAAAGUUUGUGGUAUGAUUUUUAUUUCUUUAUUAUUUCAAGGCAAAGCAAAUGUAAAGCAAACCUUUCAAAGGUUCCUUUGCAAGAUGUAUUGUACAAAAUCUUUUCGUUUAAAUAGGAAGUUGAAUGAUGUCAUUCGCAGGGCAGGAUUGUUUUAUGUGAUUUUAGUGCUCAUCUUCUUGAUCUCAUAUUUUUUUGCGUCAUGAGCCUCGGUGUUGUGCACGACAUGCCAUGUUUCAAAGACCAGCAUCACAAGAGUGGAAAAACACACACUUGCACUGACACCGUAUGGCCACUAGGGCUGGGCCAUAAAUAUAAUGAAUAUUCACUAUAUUUUUGCAAUGAUUUUUCCUGAAGAUUGUAAAUAACAUAAUUAUUUUAAUGCACUUUUUUUAAUUUGUCCAUUAAGUUUCCUUAAGAUUGUGUCAUCAGACUAGUUUUGUAAUUCUUCAGUAUUAAAAAUGGCUUAUAAGUUUGAUUUAUUUCCAUGAAUCACUUCAAACUGCUCACUUCACUUCAAAAUUUCAGUGAAUCGAUUCAAAACUGAUGAUGCAUUUUCAUCAUCAUUCAAAAAUCCUGGAGAUUGUGAAUCAUGCAAUUAUUUUAAUGUGCUUUUUAAUUUGUCCAUUAAGUUUCCUUAAGAUUGUGUCAUCAGACUAGUUUCGGAAUUCUUCAGUAUCAACAACCGCAUUUAAGUUUGAUUCAUUUCCAUGAAUCACUUCAAACUGUUCGUUUCAAUAAAUUGAUUCAAAACUCAAAAACAAUGAUGCCUUCGCAUCAUCACUCAAAAGUGCUGGAGAUUGUGAAUCAUUCGAUUAUUUUAAUGUGCUUUUUAAAGUUUGUCGUUGGACUAGUUUCAUGAUUCUUCAGUGUCAAAAACGGCAUUUAAGUUUGAUUCAUUUCAAUGAAUCACUUCAAACUGUUCGUUUCAAUAAAAUGAUUCAAAACCAAAAACAAAGAUGCAUUUGCAACAUCACUCAAAAGUGCUGGAGAUUGUGAAUCAUUCGAUUAUUUUAAUGUGCUUUUUAAAGUUUGUCGUUGGACUAGUUUCAUGAUUCUUCAGUGUCAAAAACGGCAUUUGAUUCAUUUCCAUGAAUCACUUCAAACUGUUUGUUUCAAUAAAAUGAUUCAAAACUCAAAAACAAAGAUGCAUUUGCAUCAUCACUCAGAAAUGCUGGAGAUUGCGCAUCAUGUGAUUUAUUUUAAUUCGCUUUUUAAAGAUUGUAUCAUCGGACAAGUUUCAUGAUUCUUCUUUGAUUCAUUUCUGUGAAUCAGUUCAAAUUCAGCUCCAUUUCAAUGAAUGGAUUCAAAACUCUAAAACAAAGAUUCAUUGCAUCAUCACUUAAAAAUGUUCUUGAAAGUCCAUUUUGGUGCUUUUUUAUAUUGUUUUAGUAGAAAUAUUUGUAGGUAAAUGUACUGUUAUAUUGGUGCAUAUAAAUGAAAAUGAUUCAGAUGUGAAUAACAUCAGUUUAACACUUGAUUAAAUCAGUCCUGCAGAUUUCCCCCACAAUAAAGAUAUGAAAUUGCGUGCGUUUUUAGCACUAUAGCCCAGCCCUACCGGCCACAGUCGUCUCAAAGCAUUGAUGGUGAAUGUGAAGUUUUUUUUUCCCGGGGUUUUUGUCCCCGAAGCAACGCCAUCCGACACAAUAAUGGUGGAAUGAGUCUUUACAUGAUGAAUGUGCGUGAUUCACGUCAUUAAUUGUUCCUAUUUUCUCUCUCUUUUCUAAUUUUUAUGGACAUUUUAUGAAAGACUCGUUCUUUUCAUUUUCCUCAGGUGUUUCUGUACAAGUUUUGAUUACAGUUAUUUGCACUGUUCAUUACGGUAGUGCUGAUCAUUGUUGAGUUUAAUGUCUUCUGUCUCUCAUUGUUGAAUAUUUUCAAAUACUGGUAAAAGAUCUGUGCGAUUUAUACAUUUAAAAUGAGUGCACAAAUGC